UGUCAGUAAGGGCCUCGAACCUAUCGUAGGACAUCCGCGAGCGAAAAGGGCGGUGUCGUACUGUAGGUGGAGAAUGCGACAACACCAGUCAGAGAGGCUGUGAAUUUGUCCGGCCGCAGCAGAUGCAGAGAAAGCCAACCUAUCACUCUUUAAAGCUAGUUACUGGUAUAUAUAAUGUAGAAACGUUCUAUUGGGGCUGGGAACGGGGCUGUUUAUCUUCCGGUAUAAUAUCAGCUCUCGUCAGCGAAACUACCAAGAGAUACAGUCACCAAGAGCCUCUGGCACUUCUACAAUGACAACACGCCUUUCGACCGGGUAUCUCACAGAAAAUGGCUACACAUGGUCUUCCUGACCACUCUCUAGAUAAGCCUAAGGCGACAUUCCCGUUAAUAUUAAUGGCGAAGGCCGUCAAUGAUAUCGUUGACGACCUUUGUAAACGCGAUUCCCGAUUUCGGAUCAUCCAGGACCUGCUUCGCGAGGAACAGACUGGCCAGCCCUGUCUCUCCCUUUACGAAUUCGCUGGCGUAGUUCUGCCAAAAGGACGAAGUGUCAUGCAAACGAGCGACUUGUUAAGCGGGAUAGAGAACGAGGUCAUGGAUGUGGUACUGUUCUUACGUGAUAACGAAUCUCGACCAGUUACGCUGAAAGGAAUAUCGAACGGCGAUGGCUGGUUAGCGAGCAGCCUGUACGAGAUCAUGUUGGCAGUAAUCUAUGAGAUAAUGGAUGCUUUCGAUAUCAGCAUAACCGCAGAGCACGUUCCAUUGAAAGGGGAUCUUCUCACCCACCUCAGUCUUCUCAUAAGUCUCCAUAGGCAAUCGAAACAAUUGGGCCUCAAAUCGCCCGAACCCCCGCCAAAAACUCCGCAGCUUGACCAAGGAGAGGGGGAGAGCAGGUAUCGAUAUCAGAACAGCUUGGCUUCCACAUCGGAGCGGUCCUCAACGAAGCUCAUCCGCGUCCUCCACCUCCUCCCUGGCUCCGGAGACAGCCCCAUCUAUUGUCGGCUGGAGCAGCGCAACCUGGAUACGGAUGAAAUCGAAGAGGCCUUGUCCUAUGUCUGGGGUAAUGAGGAAGACCCAAAAUCUAUCUACGUCGACAAUCGCCCUUUUCCGGUAACGGUGAAUCUCCACGAUAUUCUCCUCGGCUUGCGCUAUCAACACGCCACCAGAACCAUCUGGAUUGAUGCGAUUUGCAUAAACCAGUCGGACCCGCAAGAAAAGGCUCACCAGAUUCGCCUCAUGCACAACAUCUAUUCCAAGGCAAGGAAAACAACUAUAUGGCUAACUCGUCAAACGCCAGAGUUGGCUGCUACCGGAGACCCGAGCGAUAUUCUCGGUUCUCUACCACCAGGCUUUGGGGGAAAUACGAUAGAUCAAUACGAUCUCGUUAGUAUUCUCAAAGAGGUCCAUCAACCGUCUUCGAGUAACACGCUGUAUAAGACUAUAUGUCUCGGUAUCAUGCUCAUCCACUGCGCCAACGUAAUCUUGUCACACGAAUGGUGGGAGCGAGUGUGGACCGUACAAGAAGCCGCUCUCCCAAUACAACACCCAAAUAUUGUUUUUCGAGGCUACGAGUUUUCAUUUGGGGACUUGAUGGCGGCAUCCGCGGCGAUUGAAAACCUACAAGACACCAUAACGGGACACUUCGAGGCUUGCUUAAAAGAUGAUGGGGAUGGCAACCCACGUGAUUUAGAGCCAGUUCUGUGCGUGUGGCAGCACCAGACAACGUAUUGGAUGCUCAGGCGUUCUGGAUUCAUACUUAACCGCCUUCGCCAAAGCCAGAUCUCCCCACAAGUUGGUGUGGCACCAGCGUAUAUGCUCCUUAUGAUAUUUAGCGCUUAUAAGGCCACCGAUCCCCGAGAUAAGUAUUUUGCGUUGCGAGCCCUAUUACCUAAGAUCGAGAGAGACCUCAUGUACCCGACCUACAACGAGUCCGUAGAGUCCGUGUUCACGCGAGCGACAGCGCAGUGUUUCAAUACGUCAGCGAAGGCGCUCCUUUUAAGCACGAGAUUUAAACUACUAAUCGAGUCCCAACCGGAUAGUAGCAACGCCACCUCUCACCCGUCAUGGGCCUAUGACUUUACCUACUCCGAUUCACACUAUCACAGCAUUGCCGCUGAGGACGAUAUCACAUUUGACGGGUACCUCGACCACAACAGAAGCUGGCAGCCUGAGUAUAGGGAGGGGAUGGAGGGCAACCGUUUCCUCGCCACCCCCAGGACGUUAUUUUGCACAGGAGUCCAUAUCGGCACCAUUCACACGACAGGUAUAGUCCCCUACUUCGAUGAUGGUACGGAACCCGGAGGGUAUGGCGAGUUUAUCUGUCGUGUCCAUUUUCACCGCAACCGGCGGAAUAUGGGAAGACGAAAAAGAAAGUUCGCGACACAGAUAUUCCUUCGAACACUCUCAGCAUGCGAGGCUUUUCUCUACAAGGUCACGAGUCCUCGAAGCAUUCUUGGGAGAGGAGUUAGGCGGCUCCUUUGCGACGCUUUGCCAAAAGAAACGUUGAACAUUUUUACUCUGGGCCGAGAGGAAUACGUAAACAGGGCAACGAACGAAGAGGAUGAUACAGUACACGACCGGCUGAAGAGGGCUGCUGGGAAGCCGUAUUUCAUCACGGACGAAGGCAUCAUCGGGAUUGCCACCGCGCCUGUCCGAGUAGGCGACGCACUUGUUGUCAUCCAUAUGUCUUCUGCGUACUUGGUCCUUAGGGAGGUAGAGGAUCCAGAGGGCGAACGCAGCACGCAAGAACAUCGUAUAGUAGCGCGAGCCGUGGUGAGUGAGAACCAGGACAAGAUGAGGGCGCGGAUACAGAAGCUCGAAAGCCGCGACUUUCAGAUUGUUUAGGGAGGAACGAGCAGGAGAGAGGCCUGAUGAUAUUAGGGUCAGUCAACGUUGAGAAGAGGAGCAGGAGUGAGGGCCCAUAUCUUACGUAGUUAAAGACGGUUGAUGGAGCUGGGGGGUGCUGCGUUGUACAUACCGAGUCUUCGUAGUCUGUAGCACAUAUAAGACGCAGCCAAAGAGAGAGUUAUAGUAGCAUUUUAA